UCUCGAAGCUGCGUGAUGUCGUUGGUUGCUAUUCGAAUACCACCCGAAUGGCGUCGGUCAAGCUACAGUCGCUCACUGUUAGGCGUUGUAUGGGCAGUCACGGCUAUUGCUACUAUAUCACUCUUCGUUCGACUGUAUAGUCGCUACAGUCGCUUCACCCGUUUUUACUGGGACGACCUCUUCGUAGUAGUUGCGUGGGCAUUCUCUGUUCCGCUCGCCGUCCAAUCCACCGUGUCCAGCUCAAAAUCAGGAAAUCCCAGCGCAAAUUCUUUGUUGUUCACUAGUCGAAUCUUUGGGCAGCUUUUCUUCUACACUUGUUUGUGGUGCAUCAAGAUCUCUUUCCUUAUAUUCUUUAGAAGAAUUUCAGGGAAUACAUUGAGAGGGCUGCAUAUUUAUUGGAAGGCGGUUGUCGGGUUCACGGUUCUUACGUAUUUUGGGCUUUGGGCGAUGAAUCCAUAUGGAUGCUUUAAGAAUAAAGGGCCUCGAGCAACAGUCAUGGCGAUGCCAUUUGCGAUUCUCAGGAAUGUUAGAUUAUCCAAACGGCAGCGGCAGAUCUUGUAUCCGCUAUUCUCGCUUUCUAUCGUUACGAUGACUAUCGCCAUAGUGCGUGCGGUUAUAAGUACUCAGGGAAUGAAGAACAAUUUAGGUGUUACAUGGAUGUUGUUCCUUAAUAAUAUCGAGGCGAGUAUAGCUAUUAUCAUCGCGUGCAUUGGAUCCUUACGCGCACUCUUUACCCAAGACGACCGG